AUGGCCGACUUCCAAGGAAUUGCUCAGCAAUUCGUUCAGUUCUACUAUCAAACCUUCGAUAGUAACCGCCAGGGCCUCGCUGGUCUCUACCGCGACCAGUCCAUGCUCACUUUCGAAACAUCCUCUGUUCAAGGUGUUGGUGCGAUUACUGAGAAGCUCGGCACUUUACCCUUCCAAAAGGUCCAGCACCAGGUCGCUACUCUGGAUGCCCAGCCCUCUAGCGAACAAGGCGGCAUCCUAGUCCUUGUUACGGGAGCUCUGCUGGUCGACGACGAGCAGAAGCCCAUGAACUACACACAGACUUUCCAGCUCCAACCCGAUGGUGCUGGAAGCUACUUCGUCUUCAACGAUAUCUUCCGCUUGAUCUACAACGCCGCUUAA